GUCUCGCAUCUGGACACUCUCACCUUCACCUCCCUUCUUCUAUAUCCCUCCCGAGAGCUAGGGUUUGGUCUUGUUCUCCGUUCUUGCUUCGUUCAACGGCGUGGAUGUGGGAUUUUGGCCGGGGUUGAGGCGUCGAAUUCGGAAUGGCGGCGUCGGAGGCGUCGGCGAAGGGGAGUAGUGGGAGGGGCGAGAGUUUCACGUCUGGGUGUACUGAACCGGGUGGAGGUGGUGCUUCGGAUGGUCUGGCUUCCGCGAGAGAUUUGGACGAUGCGUUGUAUACUGAGCUCUGGCAUGCGUGUGCGGGGCCGCUGGUCACUGUUCCUCGCAAGGGGGAGCUGGUGUUUUACUUUCCUCAAGGACAUAUAGAGCAGGUGGAGGCGUCGACGAAUCAGCUGGCGGAUCCUCAGAUGCCGAUCUACGACAACCUUCCGUCUAAGAUCCUUUGUCGAGUGAUCAAUGUUGAGCUAAAAGCGGAGCCGGAUACUGAUGAGGUGUUUGCUCAGGUGACCUUGCUCCCUGAGUCGAAGCAAGAUGAAAACUUGGUCGAGAAGGAGAUUCCACCUCCACCACCUCUGCGACCUCGAGUUCACUCCUUCUGCAAGACAUUGACUGCAUCUGAUACAAGCACUCAUGGAGGGUUCUCUGUGCUGAGAAGGCAUGCUGACGAGUGCCUUCCCCCACUGGACAUGGGCAAACAACCUCCGACUCAGGAGCUGGUGGCGAAGGACUUGCAUGCUGUUGAGUGGCGCUUCCGCCAUAUAUUCCGUGGUCAACCAAGGAGGCACUUACUCCAAAGCGGGUGGAGUGUAUUUGUUAGUUCAAAAAGACUUGUUGCCGGAGAUGCUUUUAUUUUUCUCAGAGGAGAAAAUUCUGAGCUUCGUGUUGGAGUAAGACGAGCAAUGAGACAACAGGCUAAUGUACCAUCCUCAGUUAUAUCUAGUCACAGCAUGCACCUUGGUGUCCUUGCGACAGCAUGGCAUGCUGUCACUACUGGGACCAUGUUUACUGUCUACUAUAAACCAAGGACAAGCCCCUCAGAAUUUAUCAUUCCAUAUGAACAGUAUAUGGAGUCACAAAAGAUUAACCAUUCUAUAGGAGUGAGGUUCAAGAUGAGAUUUGAAGAUGAGGAAGCUCCAGAGCAAAGGUUUACUGGUACUAUUAUUGGUAUGGAAGAUGUUGAUGCCAGCAGGUGGCCUGGGUCAAAAUGGAGAUGCCUUAAGGUACGGUGGGAUGAGACAUCCUCGAUUGCUCGCCCAGAAAGAGUAUCUCCAUGGAAAAUAGAACCUGCAUCAACUCCUCCACCACACUCUUUGCCACUGCCUCGUCCCAAAAGGCCACGUCCAAGUGUAACACCUGCCUCACCGGAAUCUUCAGUUCUUACAAGAGAAGCCGCAUCUAAGGUUACUGCAGACCCUUCCCAAGCACAAGCAGCUCAGAGGGUCUUGCAAGGUCAAGAAACUACGACCUUGAGAGGGAAUAUUGCUGACAGCAAUGAAGUGGACAACACUCCAAAACCCAUCAUGUGGUCUUUACCACAUGAGGAUAAAUGUGAUCAAAGAAGAUUAGGAUCAGACAAUUGGAUCCAGAUGACAAGGCAAGAACCGAUGUAUACUGAUAUGUUAUCAGCAUUUCGCCGACCUGGUGAUUCUGGUGGAUUCAAUCCGUCACUUUUUGAGCAGACUUCAGGGGAUGCAAGCCACCUGAAGAGUCAUUUUCAGGAUCAGGAUGGUAGAUUAAAAUCACUGUCAGGGUCAUGGUCAAUGAUGCCUCCAAACAUUCCUUUCAUUAUGGAGUCCACCAUGAAAAUGGCUCCACAGCCCGGUGAGCUACCUUAUUCCGGUCUUGGAAGCAUUAGGUAUGGGGGUGUGGGGGGCCUUCAUGGUAUUGGAGUUGAGCAACAUUCUCCAAAUUGGUUAUCACAUUUAUUGCCUCCUGCUCAAAUUGAAACAGCAUCCCAUCCAAGGGUUCUGAAGCCUCAACCUAUGAUGGCAAACCCUACUGAGGGGGCAAAGCCAAAAGGCAGCGGCAAUUGCAAGCUCUUUGGGAUUCACCUUAAUUCCAAUCCAACAUCUGGUCAAGUGAUUUCACACAGAAGCGUAUCCUAUGAACCAGAGUCACACUCUCAUUUGGUGGCUACAUUGAAUGAGUCACAGGCUGUUGAAGUUAAUCAACAGCAAGAGCAUUUGAAAGGCAAGUCAGUUGAUGCUGGUGCUGCCUCUAGUUGUGAUCAUGAAAAGUUGAUGCAUUCUUGUCCGCAAACAUCUAAAGAUGUCCAGAGCAAACUUCAGUCUGGUUCAACAAGGAGUUGCACUAAGGUACACAAGCAGGGUAUCGCAUUAGGUAGAUCUGUAGAUCUUGCAAAGCUAAGUGGCUAUAAUGAACUGAUAACUGAACUAGACCAGAUGUUUGAAUUUGAUGGUGAAUUGCUGUCUCCCAUUAAGAAUUGGUUGGUUGUAUACACUGAUAAUGAGGGUGACAUGAUGCUUGUUGGUGAUGAUCCUUGGGAGGAAUUCUGUGGCAUGGUCCGCAAGAUCUUCAUCUACACAAAAGAGGAGGUACAGAAGAUGAAUCAAGGAGCGCUGACCCCAAGAACAGAAGACAGCCCAUCGGCUUCAGAGAGAACUGCACCAAUAGAAACAAAAGGCUUUGAAGCAGAAGUUUGAGAAGAAAGGGGAGUGAGUGAUGUUAGGAUAAGCUUUUUGAAAUGGGGUUCAGACAUCACUGGUGUGCCCCAUAGUAGGGUGAGUGGUGUUCUUUGCCCUCAGAGAGGCCAAGAAGGCAAGCCACCACUUAAUUUUAUUUACUAUCUAGUAUUGCCCUUGUAUUUGUGCCUGAGCUUGUCUAUCAUAUAUUGUUAUCCAGAAGGCUGAAGUGUGGAUUCCCAAUGUAAAUAGUUCUAUGUUGUUGGCCAUAUAUUAAUAUUUCAACAUCCUUUUUCCUAGGGUGAAUGAUGUCUACUGUUCUUUGUUAUGAAAAUGGAUCUCAUGUGAGAGCGCUAACUUUGAAGCA